AUGUCUUUCAUAAAACUUUAUAACCAAUUUAUUGAACAGAUUGUGUUCUUUUUUGUAGCACCUACUUCAGCUGCUUGCUUGCAGAACUUUGAAGCAACCGUGACAAGGGUCUCCAGUCUACACUUGACAAUGCUCAAACUCAGUUGGCCUCCUGGAUUCCUUGUGUAUUACAUAAGUGCCGUAAAGACCGAGGCGGAGGGUGUUAAUGCCUGUAUGGAUAGGGUGCGGAAGCUGCUGAGCCCCGGGACCAAGAAGAAGACAGUUCCUCACGGCAGCAAUAAGACAUUUGGAGUUCCUUUGGAAGAUCUUGUCAGACAAGCUCCAGAUGGGCUAAAAGUGCCUCUCGUUGUGAAGAAGAUCUGUGAACAUAUUGAGAACAAUGGGUAUGAUCAAGAGGGCAUCUUCCGGGUCAAUGGCAGUGCUCGCAUCAUUGAAAAGCUCCGUACAUCCUUUGAUCAAACGGGGGAUGCAGAUCUGGCCGAAGAUGGGGAUGUGAUGGCUGUUGCCGGACUCCUCAAAUUAUUUCUUCGAGAGCUUCCAGAUUCUGUGAUCCCUGAACACAUGACCAAACAAUUUGUCAACAUACAUGAAAGCUUUAAUACAAAUACAGAGGACUAUGUGAAAAAAGUGAGGGAAGAGUUCAAUGAGCUGCCUGAAGAAAAUUAUGACCUGUUGAAGUACUUGUUGAAUUUUCUCGUACUUGUGGCACAACAUGAGGAAGAGAACAAAAUGGGGCCGAUGGUGCUAGCUAUUGUCUUUGGACCUAAUGUUUUCAGGUGUGCAUCUGAUUUGACUGGUCUCAAGGAUCAAUCUACCACCAAUAAUAUUGUGCACAAGUUCAUUCUUCAUUAUAAUGAUCUUUUUGCUGAUGAGAACGAACCUGGAGUAUCUGCUCGAAAUACUGAAAGUAGGUCCAAAUCCAGCAGUAGUGCACCACCCUCUCGCCCUCCGCCUCUUAGAGAAGAGAAGAAAACCAUGACAUCUCCAAGAAAAAAUAAACAGCAGUGUGACUCUGAGAAUGCUUUGCACUUGGAUCAAACAAAUACCAAAACCUCUCAUGUUGUCUCUGGGAACAGCAACAGUUCCUCUUCUGCCAUGGUUGUUACAGGCGCUACUGCCACUCCUCAGCUAACCUCUUCAAUGACGCAGACAUCCUUAGUCCUUGCUCCAGGACCUGCCUCACCGUCACAGACAGUGUGUCACAAUUCGUCUUUGACCAACUUUUUCUAUAGUCCACGUCUGAGUGAUGAAGACCUUUCUGGACGCAUGUCCCCAUUCACUGUUGAAAGUGAUAGUGGACAUAGCCUAAUAGAAUCACCUGUUGUGUCAGCAGUUGCAUCGAGCAUUGUUGAGAAGACCAUCAAAGAAGCCAUUAUUGAACAUGUCUUUGGAGGCUACCAAUCAGGAGGAAGCUCUGCUGAUGCAAGACAGGAAAAAGGCUUGAUGUGUUUGGCGGGUAGCAGCAAAACUCAAGAUACCAAAAAGUCUGAGAGGAAAAGCCCUGAACAUUCAUCGGAGUUUGGAAAAUCUGUGAUUGAUAACAAGAGACAAAAAACAAAAGCUAUUCGAACAUCAAGUGAAAUGAGUGGAUCAAGCAUUCAGGGUGAAGAAAUUGCAAGUCCUAAAAGCAGGCGGCCAUUGCAACAUUCAAGUGUGGUAAAUCAAAUGAAGAAUAUAGACACUCAUCAUGGAUUACGACAUGGAACAAUUGAGUGUUGGGCUGAUACUGAUUCUGAUGGAAUUUGCCACAAGCUUGACUCUAGUGUGUUGGAUAAUAACUCAUUACAAUUAACUGGCAGCAACAAACACCCACCAUCCAGUGACCAUCAUAUUCACAAGUCUCCAACAUCUGGUGGCUCCUACAACAUCCGGUCUCAAAACCAAAACAAGCCACAUCUGAAACUUGACUGCAGUAAAUCCCUGACAUCUGCCCCUGACACCCGUGGUAGCAUCCGUGGCCACUCCUCUGGUCCAGACAACAAUAGCAGUUCCUCCCAAUUCAAACAUCCACACAUUGUGGAGAUGGUGUCAGCUAACUCUGCCGAGAUUUCUAGCACUUCAUCUUCAUCCUGUGAUGAAGAUGAAAAUUCUGAAAGUCUACCAAAACACACCAAGUCUCGCAUUAGCUUCCUUGAUAUGCACCCUGUUGGUAGCCAUGGCAGAGAUGAUGAGAAUAGUGAACGGUAUGAUAGAGAUGACAAACAUUCACCCAGUUACUCACCCAAUAACAACAGAAAACCCAUGGUGCCACCAUUGGAUUUGUCUAUUUUACAUGAACACAUGGACAGUGCUGAUCCUAUACCUUCUAAAAAGGUACAGACUGUCUCUUAUCAGCGUGCUAAGAAACACUUGAGUAGUGAUGAGGACGACGAGGAAGAUGAUGAUGACGACGACGAUGACGACCCUGUUGUUGUUGUUCUCUCUCCAAGGGCCAACAAAUUUAAGAAAAAGCCAAUCUGGACUACUGCUUACGACGAGGCUCCACUAUCACCAAGUGCUC